CCCGGCAGUUAGUUAACCUCAGAAGCAGACAGCCAGCUGGUUGUCAGCCGACUACAGUCCCCACACUGUCCUCCCACCUCCCGUGAUUUCCCCGGGGGACGCCCCGUGCUCAGCCAUGGACAUGGGGGGCCUGGACAACCUGAUAGCCAACACGGCCUACCUACAGGCCCGCAAGCUGUCGGACGCCGACAGCCGUGAGCUGCGGCGGUGGCGCCGCAGCUUGGCGCUGCCCGAGCCCCAGGACUGUGCAGAGCUCCGCCGUGCGCUGGCCCCGAGCUUCGACAGCCUGUGUGAGCAGCAGCCCAUCGGCCGCCGCCUCUUCCACGACUUCCUGGCCUCGGUGCCUGCAUACCAAGAGGUCUCCACCUUCCUGGAAGAAGUGCAGGUCUGGGAGCUCGCCGAGCAGGGGCCCACCAAGGACCUCGCGCUGCAGGGGCUGCUGGCCACCUGCGUCCCUGCCGCAGGGCACCCACACGCCUUCCUCAGCCCGGGGCUGGUCAGCAGGUGCCAAGCAGCCGCCACCGAGGAAGAGCGCGCGGCCGUGGUGGCGCUGGCCAAGGGGGAGGCCGUGGGCUUCCUGCAGGACCAGCCUUUCAGGGACUUCCUCGCCAGCCCGUUCUACGACAGAUUUCUGCAGUGGAAACUCUUUGAGAUGCAGCCAAUAUCAGAAAAGUACUUCACUGAGUUCCGAGUGCUGGGGAAAGGCGGUUUUGGGGAGGUAUGUGCCGUCCAGGUGAAAAACACUGGUAAGAUGUAUGCCUGUAAAAAACUCGACAAGAAGCGACUGAAGAAGAAAAAUGGGGAGAAAAUGGCUCUCCUGGAGAAGGAAAUCCUAGAGAAGGUCAACAGCCCCUUCAUCGUCUCGCUGGCCUAUGCCUUUGAGAGCAAAUCCCACCUCUGCCUGGUCAUGAGCCUGAUGAACGGGGGCGACCUCAAGUUCCACAUCUAUAGCAUUGGCACACGGGGCCUGGCCAUGAGCCGGGUGCUCUUCUAUUCUGCCCAGAUGGCCUGCGGACUGCUGCAUCUGCACGGCCUUGGCAUCGUCUACCGGGACAUGAAGCCUGAGAAUGUGCUGCUCGAUGACCUGGGCAACUGCAGGCUGUCUGACAUGGGGCUGGCCGUGCGGAUCCAGGACAACAAGCCCGUCACCCAGAGGGCUGGAACCAAUGGUUACAUGGCUCCUGAAAUCCUCGUGGACAAGGUGAGCUACUCCUACCCUGCGGACUGGUUCGCACUGGGAUGCAGCAUUUAUGAAAUGGUGGCGGGACGGACACCAUUCAAAGAUUACAAGGAGAAGGUCAGUAAAGAGGAUGUAAAGAAAAGAACACUGAAUGAGGAGGCCCUGUUCCAACACGAGAACUUCACGGAGGAAGCCAAAGACAUCUGCAGACUCUUCUUGGCAAAGAAACCAGAGCAGCGCUUAGGAAGCAGAAAAGACUCUGAUGACCCCAGGAAACACCCUUUCUUCAAAACCAUCAAUUUUCCUCGUCUGGAAGCGGGCCUCAUUGAACCACCGUUUGUACCAGACCCGUCUGUAGUUUAUGCCAAAGACAUUGAUGACAUUGAAGAUUUCUCGGAGGUGCGGGGGGUGGAAUUUGAUGACAAAGAUGACAAGUUCUUCAAAAGAUUUGCAACGGGCGCUGUCCCCAUCGCAUGGCAGGAAGAAAUCCUAGAGUCUGGGCUGUUUGAGGAACUGAAUGACCCCAACAGACCAGCAGGUUACAGGAAGGGUCAUUCAUCCAAGUCUGGGGUGUGUGUGUUACUGUGACUGUCCCCUCUGCCUGCCGGGGCUCAGCUGACGUGGUCCCCAAAUGUCUCAGCACCGCUGCGGGAGGCUGAGCCACCGGAGGAAACACCUCAGCCAGAGGUGGAGGGCUGGAGGAAACCGUGUUUCCUUUUUAGUUUCUUUCUUCCCCUCUCCCCCAACAAAAGUUAGUAAAGUCUCAGUUUUCUUGGAGGGCUGGGAAUAGGAACGAUCAGGUUUAUUCUGAUAAACCAAAAGCGUGAGCCCUCCGCCAUCACAUCCCCAAAUUACACACAGUCUGCGGGGUGGAGCAGGGCACUCUGCUGUGUACUUGGCAAACCAGCUUGGCGAUUCUUAGUAAAUAAUCAUUUUAGGUCUUUGUGUUUCUCACUUCUUCAUCUUUCAGUAUUUCUGCUUCUUCUUCGGUACUUAGAAUUUUGAAGCUAGAAAUAAACAUUCCUGAUGUUCUCUCCCUUUUUUAAAAAGGAGCAGAUUGCAAUACAUUGGUAAUAUUUCAGAUUACAGAAUAAUUUUCAGUUUCAUGGGGACUGAACCCAGGACCUUUGCACUGAGCUACACCCCUAGCCCUUCUUGAAUUUUUUAUUUUGAGAUAGGGUCUCAAUAAGUCACUGCAUGGUCCAGGUUGAGCUUGAAUUUGCUUCCUGCCUAGCCUGCCAGAGUUCUGGGAUUACAGGUACACACUCCCACACCAAGCUGUCAAAGCGCUGUAAAUACAAAUAUCCAUGAAGUCUAUGAAUGUCAAGAAGCAUUCUGUAAGUGUGGUUGGGUGUUUUAAGUAAUAUGCUAUAAAUUGCUUCUAUACACAAUCACAUUUCCAUCCUCCAUCAGUUCCUAAACUUUGCUGAAACAGGGAAUCACUUAGGGAUCUUUUAAAAAUACCAAUGCUUGGCUCCUACCUGCGUGUGUUCUGAUCUGUACCCCACAUGUGGGGUAUACCCUGGCCAUUUAGGGUUGCCAACGUUCCCCAGGUGAGUCUAAUAUACAGCAAAGUUUCAUAGUACUGCCCUAUAUAUUUACAUGUUAUUGCAUGUGAGUCUUGUGUUUGCUUUGCAGUACGGUAAUAAAAUGCCUGAAAUAAUCAA